AACACAAAACACAAUUGUCGAGCUCGCUCAGCCACAUGAUAGAGUUGCCAAAAAAAAGUCAACAUUUAAACAAAUAUCAAUGCACAUGUCUCUAAAUUCUCCUCUACAGCGUCUUGAAAACAAUUACAAUUAUGAAUCUGCACAGCUGAAUGGCAAUGAUGAUAAUGAAGUCAUUUCAAGCACGGAGUACAAAAUGGAUUCAAGCCAACGAUUAGAUCAACACCCAAUCCAAAUAACUGAACAAAAUCCCGAGCUUAAUAAUACUCUGAAAACGAUACCUUUUCGGAAUUUCGUGCGAAAUAUGAAGCCAGAAGCGAAGAGCAGAAAAUAUAUUCGAGCUAGCAUAUCCACGGGAAAUUUCGAUAUUGGUGGAAAAACUAAAAGGAAAAGAGAUCUAGAAUGUGCAAGUGGGCAACAAACCGACUCAGAGCUGAGUCAAAUGUCGCAGUCAACGAAUGAUGAGUCGAAAACAUAUAGUCAAGUUUAUAGUGAAGUCUGUGAGGAGUCUAGAAUGCGUCAAGAAAAGGCUGAACAGAUUCGCAGAGUAUUCACAAAUCAAAUAUCCAAACGGCAGCAGGAACAGAUUAAAUACUCUAGCAAAUACAAUAGGACCAGGGAUCGUACAGUGCGAUGGGUAGCCAACUUGGGUCAACCGUACAAGGAUGACUAUUAUACAACGGAGACUUCAAGUGACAGCGAUCCAGAAUCGGACAGCUGUCAGCAGUCCUUGAAAGAUUUUCCUUUUACCGAGGAGGCUUCCCAAAGCCUAGUCCAAGAACAAUUAGAUGCAAUACCUUCUUAUCAAAAUGGUGCAUACGAUGACUUCCACGUUGCGGAGUACAUGGAUAAGCUGGCAGCAACUUUUAAUGCUCAAGCGAAGCAAGCGAAGGGGAUCUUAAGCGAAUACAAGAGAUGUGUUCAGGUUCUUGAACCUUCGCCAAAGACUAAGAAUCCGAAAUUCCUGGCAGAGAAUGGGAAGGGCAAAAUAAGAACUGAGGUGCUGCAAUUCGAGCACUGUAAUGUUUACCAAUUGAAACAAUCGAAUAAAAGUAAAUGCCACUCAAAGGAACAGAUUAAUAGUCAUAUUCAAAAUUGCUCUGAAAUAAUUCCGAAAAUACAGUACAAUAUGGUAAAAAGUAGUGCAGAAUUUGAUGCAAAUAGUUCGGGCGUAUCUUCAAAACAUACUGAAAAGCGAAAGACCCAAAAGACUAGCUCCAUAAAAACUGUUCAUUUGAAACCAGUUGAAGAUUGCAUAGAUUCGGAAACUUACGCUGAAAGCGAAGAAAAUAGUAACUCGGAGAGAAAUUAUGUUGAGAAGCGAAAAACUACAGCUAGAAUAAUGCCGGACAGUUGCGAAAGUGAAACAGGUUCACUGAGAACUAAAUAUAGUAGUAAGAAACCCAAAAAGGAUGAUAAUAACAGUGGCACAUUCUCAUAUUGUUCAUCGAACUCUUCUACCCAGAGUAGUAGAUACUCUCAGUAUGGCGAUAAUUUCCCAACUGAAUCUUUUGAGGGUUAUUCACUAAGUGGGCAUGUGAGCGUUAGCAAUGAUGACUACUAUUUGAGUAGCAGAAGUGAGGCUGCAGCCAGUUUUACAAACAGCAGAACACGAUCUCGGAUUCAUGCAGCAACCAAGAAAUAUCAAGAUCGUGCUAGUAGCCCCAUUCAGAUUAUAUCGGUAAGCAAUCAGACAACCGAUCCCAUAACUGGGGAGAUGGAAAAUCAUGAUGAUGGGGCGAGUGAGCGGAAGGUGCCAGAAAGUGACAGAUCCACUAGAAGUGUGCUGGACCAACAGCAAUCCGAUUCCAGCAACUACAGCGAAGACAAAGGUGUACAGUAUCCCAGCGGGGAUGAACUGCAGCAAUCAGCAAAGAGCUCGCUGAGCGUAGAGAAUAGUGCAGAGCAAAUCAAAGCCAAGUGCGAAUCGCUCGACAUAAGUUCAGGUGAUGACAGUAAGAAAGACGGCAGCUCCAAUAAAAUGGGUUGCAGCUUGCUGCCAAGUGGAAAUGGCAGCAGCGACUUCAGCAUAUCCAGCUAUGAGCCCGGCCAGCGUUUCUAUCGACGCACCCAACCGUGGCAUGAUGACGACAACAUUAAUCCCUUUGACGACAACGAGAACGACGACGACUCAGAGCCGCUGAGCUAUAAGAAGUAUGUGGCCCGCCUGGCCGAGCGAGCACUGCGAUAUUGUACCAACUAUUACAACUAUUAUGAUAAGGGCAGCAAGCUACGACCAGUCAUGGAGGUGGAGAUCUCGGAGAAGGUGCAAAUGAUCUACAACUCGGAAAUGCAGUUCCAAACGUUGCGGCACCUCAAGAAACGUGAUAAGCUGCUGCAACAGUUGAAUGAGCAGCUGCAGCAACAACUAACACUGAUUGCGCCCAGCUUUCAGUGAGCUACACAUAAACCAACCACAUAUUAUAUUUUGUAUAUGAACUUUAAGCGCUUUAAGUUCCGACUUGUAAAAACUAAA